GAGAAUUGGAUUAUUUGGACAAAAAAAACAAAAUUAAGUUCAAGAGUUUAAGUUAUAGACAGAUGAUAUUUAUUCAUAUUUAUUUUGUUGGCCAUUAAGGCUCAAUUUUGUUGCUCUACACCGCGCAGGCCUGAAAAGUGCGAUGAGCGAGAAUACGGUAACAACGAUAUAACUGUCCUAACAUCCUUCUCAGUUGUUCAUUCGUGAUUUAGUUUUAUUUUUGGAAACAAUACUAGGCAAAGAACGUAAAUACAAUUGUUAAUAAAUAUAUAGAACAUAGAAAGUAAACCAAGGUGAUAAUAUAAUUAAAUUUUGGUCAAAGCAACAAAUAGCAAUAGGGUAAAACUAGGUAGUAUUAAGUAACGAAACGAACUAGUAUUAAGUUUCUAUAUAGUAUAAAUAGAUAGAAACCAAUAGCAAUAAACCUGUGCACAAUAAGAAAAAUGGGCAACAAAUCAUCAAGCAAUACGACCUCAUCAUAUCCUCAACAUGAUGACCCAGCUUACAGAAAAUGUCAAGAAUUAAAGAUGGAACGAUGGAUACAGAUGCACUACCAAAUCAAGGAACGCGAAGAAGCUAUUGCCAUUGCUCAUGAUCGGGAAUUGUUUUAUUGGCUCAGUGGCUUCUAUUUGACAUCCUUGUUUGGGUGUUUCUCGUUUUACCAACGUAGCAGACGGCCUGCAAGCCUACUGCCAAUGGUACCCCUAUCCUUCGUUAUGGGCUAUUACGCAGAUUUGGCUUAUGGCAGUAAAAUACAUCGUAUAAAAGAGGCUAAUAUGAUCAUGGAACAUGAAACCGAACUGCUGCACUGGCCUGGAGGACUACCAACAGUCGCCACCAUUGACGAAGGUCGUGUGGAAGCCGAAAUGGAGAAGAAAAUGCACCCUCACCAUUCAUAAACUUAAUCGUAAUACAUAGUGCUGGCACACAAAAAUAGUAAUACAUUCCCAGCAGCUCAAUUGGGUUUCACGAAUGCAGAACGAUUCCAACAAAAGUAACGAUGAUAAAUAUUUAGUCGUGUUACUACUAUUACAAUUGAUAGCUAUUUAAGACAAUAUUAGCCCCUAAAUCUUCUUUAUUCCUUUUAUCCUAACAUCAUGAAAGUUUUUCAUAAAUUAUACGUUAAUGUAUGUGUGUGUGAACCUUUAUUAUGGACUUUUUUCCAACUUAUACAAAAAUAUUUACUGUUUCAAAAUUAAAGUUACUUUUUGUCUUUAGUAUUUCAAUAUCUAGAUUUCUGGACCUGGCCAUAUAUAUGUGAGAUUUCUUAAUUUUAAUGUAUUUAUGAAUGAAAGUAAAUAUUAAUUUUCUUAAUAAAAGCAAGUCAAUACCACCUAAAUGGAAUAAUAUCUAGGAAAACCUGUGCUAGCCGCGAAAACCUGGCAUUGACAUUGUGACGAGUGAGUCGUUACAAGAAAUCCUUUUCAGUUUACUGAUAAAUAAAAAAUAAAAUGAGUCAUUGGCAUAAAUGAUAUUGGCUAGCUCUCAGGUGGCGGGAUUCUUCAUCCGUUUAUUUUCGACUCAAACACAG